AUGAUUCCAUCUGGAAAUGCUAACAUUAACGGGACUUUAUUUACGGCUGGGUCAACUGUCCCCUACCAGUGUGACGACGGAUACAUGAGGUUCGGAAACAGCAUGAUAGCAUGCCAGUCAGAUGGGACAUGGACUAACCCGCCAGAGUGCAGAAGACUAUGUGCGAUGUUACCAAGCUACCCAAACGCUGAACCACAAUCUCCUAACCCGCCCUACCUUAGCGGAUCGACAGUGAUUUACCAAUGCCUUACUAACUUCACUCGAGCCCCUGGGAUGGACGGCUUCAUCACGUGCAUGCCGGGCGGAUGGUGGAUGGGAACACCGACCUGUCUUCCUAACUGUCCAAUUCCUCCAAUGAUUCCGAAUGGGAUGCCCGUUACAAUGGACGAUGAGUUUUCUGUGGGGAGUGUUGUUCAGUUCACGUGUGACGCCAAUUACGCAAUAACUGGGUCCGAUACGGUCACGUGCCAGAAGAACGGUGCGUGGACGAAGCUACCUGAAUGCAGAAGAUUGUGCCCAGAAGACCAACUACCAAUGCCUGCCGAUGCGACUCCUUUAUAUGGUUCCCCGCCCUAUGUAGUUGGAAGCCUUGUUGUGUAUGCAUGUAAUGAUGUAACGCAAGCCGUGGCUCCUAACAACUUUGCAAUGUGCAUGCAGGAUGGUUCUUGGAUGUCUGAUAUAUCAUGCACUCCAGGAUGUAAGUAG